UAUCUUUAAAAAAAUAUGGAACCACAAAGAGGAAAAUCUUAUAAUAUGUGGCAAGCGGCAACGAACAUUUUGAUGGACGCAGGUUGUCUGACUUGAGAAGAACCUGGAAACAGAAACAUAGAUGAUGGAACGAGAAACAUCUCCGAACCAUACUUUGAUGCUGAUUUUGUUGCUUGUGAACUUUGUCGUAGGAGUGCUGAGUGCUGAUAAUUAUCAGAGAGAUGACUUCCCUGUUGAUUUUGCUUUCGGUUCCGGUACCUCUGCUUAUCAGGUUGAAGGAGCUGCUAACGAAGAUGGAAGAACUCCUAGCAUCUGGGAUAGCUUUGCCAACGCUGGCUCCGGGUAUGGAGAUGUAGCCUGUGAUGGGUACCACAAAUAUAAGGAAGAUGUGCGGCUUAUGGUGGAAACAGGACUUGAUGCCUAUAGAUUUUCUAUUUCAUGGUCCAGACUGUUACCAAAUGGCAGAGGACCCGUCAAUCCCAAAGGAUUACAGUACUACAACAACCUCAUCAAUGAACUCAUCAGCAAUGGAAUCCUACCACAUGCCACGCUAUACAACAGUGAUCUUCCACAGGCACUUGAAGAUGAAUAUGGAGGAUGGCUUAAUCGUGACAUCAUAAGAGACUUCACAGACUAUGCGGAUGUGUGUUUUAGAGAAUUUGGUGACAGAGUCUUGUAUUGGAGCACUAUCAACGAGCCUAAUGUUUUUGCCCUUGGUGGUUAUGAUCAGGGAACAAUCCCGCCUCAACGAUGUUCUCCCCCAUUUUGUGUUAGAAAGGGCGCUAGGGGUAAUUCAACCUAUGAGGCCUACUUGGCAGUUCAUCAUAUUUUGUUAGCACAUUCUUCAGCUGCAAAAUUGUACAGGAGAAAGUACAGGGACAAACAACAUGGAUUUGUUGGUAUCUCUCUCUAUACAGUAGGGGCUUUUCCUGUAACAAAUACAGAAAAAGACAAGAUAGCAUCUCAAAGAGUCCGUGAUUUUUUUAGUGGUUGGAUUAUGGAACCCUUACUGCAUGGAGACUAUCCCAUUUCUAUGAAGACAAAUGCUGGGGAAAGAAUUCCAACCUUCACAAAUCGUGAAUCUGAUCAAGUUAAGGGUUCAUAUGACUUUAUAGGCAUCAUUCACUAUUGCAAUGUUAAUGUCACAGACAAUUCUGAUGCACUGAAUAUCAAAGUGAGAGAUGUCUAUGCAGACAUGGCUGCAACACUCGGUACACCGGGUGUGUUAACCAAUGAAGAGUACCCCAUCACACCUUGGGGUUUACGGGAAGAACUGGAAAAAUUCAAGCUGCUUUAUGGCAAUCCCCCUAUAUUCAUUUAUGAAAAUGGUCAACGGACAGCAAGAAAUUCGUCACUGCAAGACGUGUCAAGGGUGAAAUACUUGCAUGGUUAUAUUGGGGCCGUGCUUGAUGCCUUGAGGGAUGGAUCAAAUAUAAAGGGGUAUUUUGCAUGGUCUUUUAUGGACUUGCUUGAGUUGCUGGAUGGAUACGAAUCGAGCUUUGGCCUAUACUAUGUUGACAGGGACGAUCCAGAGUUGAAGAGAUACCCAAAGCUCUCAGCAAAAUGGUAUAGCAGGUUUUUGAAGGGUAGAAGCACCUCUAUAGUUGAAACUAUUGAGCUUCAGAAGGAUGAAUCACUUGUUUCUGUUAGACACUUAUUUGAGUAGGUUUUUAAACUUAUUUGUGAGACCAUCAAUUCAAUUGCAUGGUUGUGUUCCUAGGCCUACCUAUGCUUUACAUAUAUGAUAUGUAGACAAAGUCGUUCGAAUCUUGUUGUAAUUUUUCUUACUAAUAAAAAAAAACUGCAAAAUGUGUUUCAGUGAGUUACAUGUUUUUCUUUUU